AUGUUCAAGUCCGUCGUCAUCAAUCGUGCUGGCCUGGAGGACGUCGAACGUCUUCAUUACCUAAAGACGUACCUCACAAGUCAAGCGGCUCAAGCGAUCGCCAACACACCGUUGUGUAAUGAAAGCUUCUCACUCGCCUGGGGUGCCAUUUGCAAACGGUAUGAUGUACCUCGCUUACUCAUCGGUGCUCAGCUCGACAAGCUGGUCAAACUUCCAGCACUCACCUCGCGCUCGUCAAAACAACUUUACUCGCUGAUUGAUCAGACCCACGAGGCGAUCAAUGCACUCUUGGCUCAAAAGGUCAAUCUCCAGGAUGGGGACUGCUACCUGCUCACUCACAUCAUCAUCUCAAAACUCGACCGCUCAACUCGUGAAGCUUGGGAAUUAUCAUUGGGAUCUUCGGUGGAAUUCCCAAAACUCAAACAGCUGCGUCAAUUCCUGACGGAUCGUGCUCGUGCUCAAGAAAGGUACGAAGAAAGUACUGCCAAGGCUGGUGACCAGCACAAAUUCAGUCACUCGAACUCGCACUCAAGCUCCAAAGGCCAUAAGACCUCCUAUGCUCAUAUGGCAACAUCCUCGGCUCCAAAAUCGGCUGGAAUAUCAACACCAGCAAGCGCUCAACCCAAGGUGGUGGCCAAAGCACAGUAUCCGUGCGACCUGUGCCAAGGUGAUCACUACCUGGUCAGAUGUGACCAGUUUGGCAAGAUGACUCCACAACAACGAACUCAGCUGGUGAUCCAAGCCAGAUUGUGCCCAAACUGUUUUGGACACCACCGAGUCGAGUCUUGCAACUCGCAAUUCACCUGCAGAGUGUGUCAGGAACAGCACCACUCUAUGAUUCACCCAGGAAUCCCUGCAACUCCAGCUCGAAGUGCUCCUGCUCAAACUCAAUAA